GAUCUUUACAGGCAAUCAUCUAUCCUCAUGCUUUCGAAAAGAAAUAAAGGUAUAUAUGCUGUUGAAAGGACAAAAGCAUUGGAUUCUGUCUCCACUUCCAUCACAUUAUAUUAUCGAUAUUGUUCCCUCCAUUCUACUUCUCAAAGGGGAAGUUUGAUCAUUUGCUGCUUGAUAUCCUUGGAGUCAUCAUGCAAGCACAAAAGAAGGUGGUCGGAUCGAGCAAGACCCUGAAGGUAGGCCCUUGGGGAGGCCAUGGUGGAAGCACUUGGGAUGAUGGGAUCAACACAGGAGUAAGGGAGAUCACUCUUGUGUAUGAUCAAUGCAUUGACUCAAUUCGGGUUGAAUAUGACAAGAAUGGGAAGCCUUUUCUGGCAGAAAAGCAUGGAGGAAAUGGUGGCAGCACGACCACAAAGAUUAAACUGGAGCAUCCAGAAGAAUACCUGACAACCAUAAGUGGCCACUACUGUCCUAUGGCAUAUGGUGGUUCUCCUGUCAUCAGAUCACUUACAUUCAAGAGCAACCAGAGGACUUUUGGGCCUUUCGGCGUCCAGGAUGGGAUCCCAUUCACCUUGCCAAUGGAGGGAGGCAUGAUAGUUGGGUUCAGUGGAAGGUGUGGCUGGUACCUCGAUGCAAUUGGCUGGUGCAUCUCACCAUUCCGUACUGUGAAGCUCUAUGAAACACUGCAGCAUAAGAUCCAGAGGAUAGGCACUAUGGCAUCCAGAACAUUAGGAAAUCGAGAUGACCAAAAUGGUGCACUUGCCACCACUAAACCCCGGAAGACAUAUGCUUAAGAGUUAUAUUGAUGCUCCAUAACUCUAUGAGAAAGUAGGUUGUCUAAGAGAUUUCAAGAGCAAAAUUUAGUAAUGUCAGAUUGCAAGUCAGUGUUAGUUUCCAUAUUCUGAUUUCUGGUCAUCAUCAGCAGAGCUUGUUAUGUUAAUUGGGUUUGUGGAAGUAUUGUUGGUUUUGAUACCUUA